AUGCAAGGAUUACAAUUGAAUCAGAAUCUUAUUUUUCAGAUAACAUCCAAGACCACAAUAAUAAAUACAGGGCUAGGGACAAAAGUAAUAAAGACACUCAUUAAAGACAGCACGACUUUAACUGACAAUGGAACAUUUGUCUGCAAGGCUGGAAACUUUGAAAUCUCAAUCAACGUCAUUGUAUUUCAAGUUACUCAAGCAAAUGCUCUUUACCAAGACAACGCAACUGAGGUAGAGCUAGGAUGUGCUUUGGAAGGGCUUAGUCCUGAAAUUCCUAUCGAUUUUUACUGGUACAGGCAGAAUGGUGCUAGGCUCCACGGCGAUCGGUACAACAUAUCAAACAAUGGGAAACUACGUAUCGAAAAGCCAACUCUUUCGGACAUCGGAUCGUACAAUUGUUCAGCCAAGUUCUAUCCUCAGACUGAAAUUGAGCAAACAAUGUUCCUCACGUCGGUCUAUCUCAAUGCUGCACCAAGAAUACUCAACAUUGAACGCACCAGUCAAUUUCCACUGACACUUAAAUGUAACAUUGCCGGUUUUCCACACCCAAACGUCACCUGGGAACAGGAUGGGAACCAACUAAAUAGCACUGUCGAUUCGUUGUACGUUUUUAUGGGAGAAAGUGUUAUUGUUCACAAUAAGAACUAUUCUGGUACAUAUACAUGCCUUGCAAAGAACGAACAUCAGCCAUACAACGCAUCAGCUGACAUACAUAUAAACGACUGCCAUUUUACUUGUACAGCUGCAAGUGGAAAAGAUAGUAAGCCUCAUCAUAAGUUAUUGUGCAAUAUAAAAUGGCAUCAACUUAAAAACUUUUCGUUAAGAUAGUGAAAAUGUAUUUUAUUUAUAAGGCACAU